AAGAAUGACCUUGUUAACAUAAUUUACAGGGACAAAGAUCUUUUGACCCGGAUAUGUCAUAUCCGGUGCAUCGUUUUUAUAUCACCUCUGCGUUCUAACCACUGAAUGGAUGGAACAAUGUGUAUGAUCUUUAUGCGGGUAGUCUGACGACAUGUAGAAUUAUCAGGAGAUCUUUUAUAAGGAAAACUCGGAAAUAUGGCUAAUAAUUGCUCAGGAAUAUAUAUGUGUUUGGUGUUGACAGCAGCGUAUGUGACCUAUGUGUCAAGUGUGUCCGUCCGCCUGACUGGGGGGACGAAGCCAAGCCAAGGUCACUUGGAGAUCCUUAUUAACGGCGGUUGGGGUACUUUCUGCGGGAACUCCUGGGACAUUCAGGAUACGGUUGUGGUCUGUCAACAGCUAGGGUUUCCUGGAGCAGUCACCUUCACUUCGACUUCUACCCCAUCGUUUGGAGAUGGAAAUGAUCGUAACGUCGGCCUUAUCGCAUGUGCUGGAGAUGAGAGUGGUAUAUCUGAAUGCGUUGAUCCUACAGUCAGACCAUCGUGUACACGCUUUCUUGAUGUUGAAAUUAAAUGCCAAGAUUUCGGCUAUGAUGGUUGCUAUCGUUGGAAUAAUCUCACCACAGCACCGUGGCCAACACUGACAAAGACCUCCAUGACGAAUGACUUAUGCCUCGAGGAAUGCCGGAGUAAAAUUGAAGGUGAAGGAUACGCCAUCUUGCAGGAUGCUGACUGUACUUGUGAAAACUCCCUCACUGGAUUCUCCCCGGCAAAUGACUGGAACUGCAGCAACCUCUGUCUUGGCGACCGAUCCCAGUCUUGUGGUGGGCGAAACGCUUACACAGUCCUCAGAACAGAUCUUGGGUAUUGCAGUUAUCCGGAGUCUCCAUAUUUGGGUGACGUCACAGUAGAUUCAACCCGCUAUGGAAGCUUCGCUGAGUUCAGUUGUUUGCAGGAUUUCGAGUUGGUAGGAAACAGAACUCUUCAGUGUCUUGGUAGUGCUGCUGAUCAGCUGGAAUGGAAUGGCGAGACUCCUUUGUGCGCAGAAAGAACAUUCUUAAUUCUUGGGCUGGUGUUCACAGUGAUUGGAGGAAGCAUCGUGUUCCUGUCCAUGGUUUGUGCUGUAGGAUGCGAAAUUCGCAGGAAAACGCGGGUGAAACAUGUUGGAGGGCAUGAUCGAGUCGACACUGGGCAUGCCCAUUCGUUAUUCCCACCGAUGCCAACAGUACAGGACACGCAUGCAGUGCAAUGGAAUCCUCAGUCCGAAAUCGCGCAGCAAAGUCACCCUCCUGCCAUGCCAUCCGGUGUACCAAUCUCACAGGCGGCUCAAUCUCGGCCAUUGCAAACACCGCCUCCAUUACAGGUUGAAAGACGCCUUCCCACUCCUGUCGGCGUUCAGAGUGCAACCGCAGCCUCAUCAGGAGAAUACGCAGGCAUCUAUGAGGAGUUAGACGAGUACGUCAGUCCUGGGGAAGACAUCGGUGGAGGAAUGGACCUUGUCUUUGAAAGACAUACAAGCGAGGAGGAUUCAAAUAGACUGUCUCCCCAUUCUCCUCAGUCCAUGAGUGCCACAGCAACGGACCAGGAUGAAGCUCAAAUAGACGAAGUUUUCCCCGCUCUAGGAAAGGAUGAUAAUGGCAAACCUCCCGCGCAACUGUCUGACCAAAGAAACGAAGGAGAGGACGGUUAUUCAAAGGUGCACUCUGAUCAAGGAGAAGAAAAACAAGAAAGAUAUCUGAAGGUCCGCUCCGAUAUAGAAGACGGUUAUCUUAAGGUUCGUCCAGAUGAAGUAAAGCCCAAUGAAGCUGAUAUGGAUCGACCGAAUACUUACGUUGAGGUGAUCGGAGAAGGGGAAGCAUCAGAAAGCAAGCACCACAGUAGCCACGAUUACUCUUAUAUCUCGGAUAUCAGUAAAGUUGACAUUCGACCGAGACUCCCACUUCCACUACAGCAUGGCGACGACGAAAAGCAAUCCGAGUACGACGACACAUCAGUCCAACCAGUCUACAGGAACGAAGGAGUUAUUUUCCCCAAAGUUCGACGACCUGAUGCUGGAACGUAGAAGGUGUAGCUAUUACUUUCUUUAAGCAGCAAUUCCUCCUGACUGAACGAUGUCCUCACCCACUCACUAUGUUUUUUUUUUGUAUUUUAUUAAUGAAAUAGGUGGUUGAUACGAUAACAUUGCCAUAGUAGUUAAGUCACUUCAUGUAUUUUUUUUUCGAUACGCCAAUGCGAAUAUUAGUUAUUGCAUUUAUCAAGCUAAUUUAUAUAUACGUAUAAACAUCCGUCGUAGAACCAGCCAUGGUCCAAUAAGGGGGCCUCGUGAUGGUCUAAAUAAAAUGUUAUGAUGUAUGAAAUGUAGAUUCAAAACCAUGCGUUGUUUGUAUUUUGUUGCAUCCUAAACGAAUGAAUUACAUUGAGCUACCGACUCUUUGUGCUUAAUAGAAGAAACGUCAACAGUUUACCUGGGUUUUGUUUUACAACUUUUUUAACUGUCUUUACCAUUUAAAAAUUCGUAAAACUAAAAUGGGUAAAACUUAUUAUCUGGCUCACACAAAAGACCUUUUAAAACAAUUUAGAGUACUAACUAUAUACGAAUUGUGUAAGUUACAACUUGGAGAAUUCAUGUACAGGUCUGAAAAGGGAUUACUACCAAAAUCACUCCAAAAUUGGUUUAAAUGCAACAGUGAUGUCCAUUUUCAUAAUACUCGUAACUCAAAAUAAUUACAUAGCAUAUAUUUUAGGACCACUACAGGACAGAAAAGUGUGAAGUAUCAGGGCUAUCUAGUAUGGUCUGCUUAUGAUAACAUCAAACAAAGUCCGUCAUUACAGCAGUUUAAGAUAAAAUACAAAAGGUCUGUGCAAUUCUAAAUAACCAUUAAUCAAAAUCAGUGUGUAACUCGUUUCAAUUACCUUUUUUCUGUCCUCCCCUUUAUUUCCAUUAGGUUGAUUUUAAGGUGUUCUCUGGAGGAGAGAGCUACUCCGGGAGCUUAGUUGGUCACGGUCAGAGUGCCUAACGCCUCUGACCGUACGUGCUCCCGAGGUGGGCCUCUCCUUCCUUCUCGUAUUCUCCAUUUCUGCCGGGGCUAGACUCGAUAAGCUCUGCUUUUUCUAGCCCCGGUCACAUUAUUUACCAUCGUGUUUUAAUUUUGUUGUAUGUUUUUAUUUCUCUCUCUCUCUCUUAUAUAUACAUGAAAUGAUUUCCUUUUCUUUUUUUUUGUAAUUGUGUGUAUUGGUUUUUAAUGUGAAAUAAAUGAAAUGAAAAAAAUGAAAUUGAUAUGUUAAACAAAAUGACAACACGUGUGUCAAUGGUACGGAAAGAUGGGCACACACACACACACACACACACACACACCCCUCCCACACAUACACGCCCUCUCCCACACAAUGCACCCCGCAUACACCCAAUACACACACACAUUAAAAUAUGCAUUAUUAUGUCUGUGGGUAUUUACAUAUAUGUCACAGGUAGAAAUUCAAAAUUAACUCUUUAUAUCCAUUUUCCCAAGUAAGUUACAGGAGUCUUAAUUUUGACAACCAAAUGUAUUACUCAUUUACCCAACCUCUAAAAAUAGUUAUACAAGAUAGCUAAACCAGGUGGAUCGCAUGUCUGUUAGGUACAGUAAAUACAAGAGUAAACUCAUUUUCUCUACGUAAUUUAUUCGUAACUGCCUAACCGUGGCAACGUAUGAAAAUGAGUUUAAUUUGAACGCGUUAAAGCUUUCGAAUCCUAAUGUUUACGAUCUCUAAUGUUUACAUGUUCUCGAACGUAAUUUGGAUGUUUUCCGGUUUAAAAAGGACGUAAGGGGUAAAGUUAAUGAACCACACUCAAAGCGUCAGGUCGGGCAAGGCUACAUACGUGUAUUAGAGUGUAGGGAAUUAGCCAUUACGUUUUCUGAUUUGAUCUAGAUAUGUUCUGCUAAUUUUGUUUUCAACAGUAAUCAUGGUAAUGAAAGUUGUUAUGUUACUGUAUUUAGCCUGUUUGCUAAUCUUCAGAGGUCGAACAUGGAAUACGUUGGCUUCAUUAUUUUUAUUUAUCUUAGUUAUGGAAAACUCACGUGUGAUGAGUUUUAUUUCUGGGUUCAACAAUUCGCCGUCAGAGUCGACGCAUUUAAAGGUCCAGACGUCCUGGAAGGCCGUCGACAUCAGAUGUUCAUCGACGUCGAGGCGUCAAUAGUCAACCGCUGGUCAUCGCGUACGUGCAUGAUGAUGUCGACAUUGAUAUCCACAUCCCAAUAUUUGAAAGGAAUCUUUAGGUGAUUUCGCGUUCAAGAAUUAUACAGGCUCAAUCAGUGAACCUUUUCAGGUUUUCCCCUUUCUUUGUAUGAGUGUGAAUGAAUAGGUGAUUUACUUAGUAAGAUAUAAUUCCAGUCGGUCGGUUAUAUUCAAAGGAAAUUAUUUAAUGAUUUAUGUAUGCAAUCAAUUAUAUUUCAUCGGAAUUUUACAAGUUUUGGAAGCUAUGAUCAAGAGUUGAAGUAUACUUUGAUUAAAUGUACUU